AUGGAGGUCACCGAAUGGAGGGCGAACGGCACGAUGCGAAAAGGCAGGGCGAGGCGGAUGGAGAAAGAAACCGCGAGCAGACAGCGCCUGCUGGCCAUUUCGAGACAUUCGCCAAGAACGCUAGCUACAUGGGAGGGCUUCGUGAAGGAUGGAUUGAAAAACAUUCGAACAAAGAAGAGGCGACGGGAGGAACCGGCGGAGGAUGCAUUCCAUUUCACUGUGGCACAGCUCGCGUUACAAAACCUUGAUUUUGACCAUUGCGCGAAAAAGGUGGCGCUGUGUGCCGCCGUCUACUCGGCGGGGUCGCAGCUGCCUCUGCGCGUCCUGGGCAGCCUGGGAACGGUGGCGGUCAGAGGCAAAGCCUGCGAGGGGUGGUGGAACCACAUUAUCAUCGGCUAG